AUGUUCAAUCCCGUGUGGCCAUGUAUUCUGCGCCUCUUGCUUGAACCAGGUGGAACGGCCGACUUGCCCCCCUAUGUCGACUACCUUUCCAAGCCCGCCACGUUACCAAGCUCCAUGUCGACCUCGACAGUCUUCGCCGGCCUUCAGCGUCACCUCCAACCGCGUCGCAUUCAAGUCCUGACGAACAAGCGCGAUAUUUGCAAGAGCGUAUUUAGCUCCAAAGCCUUCUUGGCCGGGGUGCCCAAGACAAUGUAUGCUGAUUUGCGUGCUUCUGUCAACAUGCUUAAUUACAUCGCGCAUGUGAGAAAGCUCUUGAACGACCAACGCGCUCAUGUUGCUGGUCUAGCCCACACCAACGAGGCGCUUACCCAAGAUAUCGAUCGACUGAAAGCAUCUUUUGAGGCGCUCAAGAUUGAGAAGCGCCGAAUUGAGCAGAACCUCCAGACUGUGUCUUCAGAGCGUGAUGGGAUCUCUGCUGAAUAUAACAGGAUUCACGAGCAGCUCACAAAUGUGGAAGGUCAACUGGUGUUGAUGACUGAGCAGGCAAGUUACAUUCUUCUACGGCUUCCUGAACCCGCUAACCCAAUUCUUUCCCUUCAGAACGAGACCUCUCAGAACCAACUCGUUUUACUCAAUGAAGAGCUACAUCGACUGCGCCAGGAGAAUGAGUUCUCUUCUCCUGAAGGUGACAGCCCUGCUGACAUUCCCGACUACCCUCCGGAUGUGUCGCAGGCCAAUUGGCCGCAGAUCGCAGCAGACCCGUCUGCUCCAUUUCUUACGCCCUGGGAGAACGUUAUGAAGACGAAAUUACCAGAUGGUCAAGAUCCGAUGCCUCCUCCAGACGACAAUGCAGUCCCCAAACUGUGUGGCGCCGCUGGUUGCCCGCAUUCGUGCGACUGUAUGCCGUUUCUCCUCUUCUCGCCUGGCGCCCAAGCACGAGCUGCCGCAGUCAAUAUGGCGCGUUUUGGGACUUCUUCAUUUCACAGCGGCAUUUCUCUUAGCUUUCAAGAACAUCACCGUCGUUCGCGGUCACAUUCACGGUCACGUUCUCGUCCUCGAAGCCGGUCAUUGUCUCGAGCGUCGUCUCCGUUGCGAUCAUCCCCGACCACUGUCAGCACUUCUCACCCCAGUCCACCCGAAGGCAUGUCAAUGUCGAUCAACAUCCCAACGAGCAAUCCUCAUGCCCAGGUUCUGCGUGGACGAUUACAAGACUUGUUAAGCGACCCAGUAGUCUCAUCGUCACUUCCGAAUAUGCCGACAAUGCAUGCUCCAUCAUCACCCUCGCCACUUUCUCGUGAAUUCAAGCACGCUCCAAGCUCCUCUCAACGAGUUUCAGGUGCUCCGAUCUCCCAUGAAAACCCGUUGCCCAUAUCACCACCCACUGCGGAGCCAGAACGCGCUUCUUCUGGCAAGGCUAAAGAUUCGUCACGUACCCCACCCUAUCCUGCUGCGAGCUCCAGCAAAGUCAAGGAGAUUCACCCUCCAAUGCUCUACGCGAGUGGUCUAAGUCGCGAGCGUCCCACAGUCACCAAAUCUCGCACGCACCCCCCUAUGGUAUAUGGGAGCCCCUCAGCCACAACUUCGAUGCCUGCAGAGUCAGCAAAGCCACCGCUGUAUAGAUCAUCCAGCGGUAGUUCGUCAACAGACUCCAGUCGAACUCUGACAGACAAAGAACGACGUAGAGCUGAGAAAGCGGCUGCUCGAAUUGCUCCUCACCCACCUAUGAUGCUACCUCCUUCGCCCUCUCGACUGACUGCCCCGACUGUCUCUGGUUUGCGACUGCCGUCUCCUGCUUCUGGGUCUUUUUCUUCUGGGAAUGGCGAUGGCCGAGUGCCAGCCCCGCCUGUCGUACAUGCUGCCUCCGCUCAGGCAUAUUUACAAGGCCAAGUUUCAGCCUCACAACAACCUCGCGCGCAGGCCCACGCGAAUCCCCCGUCUGCUGCAAAUCCAACUACCAACAAUAGCAACAACAACAAUGCGUUCACCGUGCUUGACCAACACAUCAAGCAAACAGAACGCGAUGUUAUUGCUGCUUAUGAUCACGCGGGCAAUCCCCGACCACAGCACCAUGCCAAACCUAAUAAACGCAUUCCCCCUCCCAUGAGCACCAUGCAAAUGGCUGCAGCUAGCGCCCUCUACGCCUAG